AUGUCUGCAUCCUUGAAAUCGGUCAAUCCUCCUCUGCCUUCAGCAGAUCCAACGUCAGCUUUUCAGUUGCUUUCGACCGAAGACAAGGUCGGAGAUUCAGAAGACGCUAUAUUCAAUGACCAAGUCAAACAAGUCCAGGAUUGGUGGGCCUCUCCUAGGUACAAGGGCAUCAAGAGACCUUAUUCUGCAGAGGACGUAGUCGGCAAGCGAGGGACUUUGCAGCAGGUCUAUCCCUCUUCUUUGAUGGCUCGGAAACUCUUCAACCUCCUUGAAGAACGAUCUGCCAAGGGAGAACCUGUGCACACAAUGGGAGCUAUUGAUCCUGUACAGAUGACACAGCAAGCACCUCACCAAGAAAUUCUCUACGUCUCGGGAUGGGCUUGCUCCUCUGUCUUGACUAGCACGAAUGAGGUUUCGCCCGAUUUUGGUGAUUAUCCAUACAACACCGUACCCAACCAGGUACAACGCCUUUUCAAAGCACAGCAAUUGCAUGAUAGAAAGCAUUAUGAUGCAAGGAGGAAAAUGUCACCUGAAGAGAGGAAGACGACCCCAUAUACUGAUUUUCUGCGACCAAUCGUUGCCGACGGCGACACUGGACAUGGUGGUCUCUCCGCUGUGUUGAAACUGGCUAAACUCUUCGCCGAAAACGGUGCUGCUGCUGUUCAUUUCGAGGAUCAAUUGCACGGAGGUAAGAAGUGUGGCCACUUGGCAGGGAAGGUGUUAGUUCCUGUUGGUGAACACAUCAAUCGUCUUGUUGCUACUCGCUUCCAAUGGGACAUGAUGGGUUGCGAGAACCUGGUUAUUGCGCGCACAGAUUCGGAGAGUGGCAAGUUGUUGAGCAACGCAAUCGAUGCUCGUGACCACGAAUUCAUCCUUGGUGUGACUGAGGAUAUUGAACCUUUGGCAGAGACUCUCCAAGUUAUGGAAAUGGGAGGCGCUACGGGUGCUGAAAUUGAUGCAUACGAGGCAAAGUGGGUCAAGGAACACAAGCUGGUCACUUUUGACGAGGCUGCUGUUGCUCACAUAAAGUCUCAAACUUCUGACUCGGACAAGGUCGCGAAAUACGAGAGCGAGAUAAAUGCAAACCGUAAUCGUCCAUUGAACAGUCGACGCCAGCUUGCAGCAUCUAUUGCAGGUUCUCCUGUUCAAUUCAGCUGGGAUGUGCCGCGCACAAAGGAGGGCUAUUACCACUAUCGUGCCGGACUUCCUGCAGCAACAAAGCGUGCAAUCGAAUUUGCUCCAUUUGCUGAUUUGCUAUGGCUGGAGACCGGAGAUCCGAGUGUGCAAAAAGCUGCUGGGUUCGCCAAGGAAAUCAGACAGGUAUAUCCAGGAAAGAAGCUCGUAUACAACCUCAGUCCUAGCUUUAACUGGAUGGGACAUGGAUUCACUGAGGAUCAACUGAAGAGCUUUAUCUGGGAUCUAGGCAAAGAAGGAUUUGUGCUCCAGCUCAUCUCCUUGGCUGGCUUACACAGUACCGCCACAAUCAGUAACGAGCUCGCGAAGGGAUUCAAGACUGACGGUAUGCUGGCCUACGUAAAUCUGGUCCAACGUCGCGAACGUGAACUUGGUUGCGAUGUACUCACACACCAAAAGUGGAGCGGUGCAAGUUACAUCGAUGGUAUUUUGGGUAGCAUCCAGAGUGGCAGCAGUAGCAGUAAGAGCAUGGGCGACGGUAACACGGAAGGCAGCUUCUAG